AUGAUAUUACCUCGCUUCGCUUGGCCUUUCUGGCAACCUCACGUCCGACAGCCUCAGGUCCGGCAACCUCAUGUCCACCUCCAUUUAACUCUCUCGUAUCCCCUUCACCUAUCAAUAUCUCCCGGAACAACACCGUAUACAUCAAAGAAAUCGAUACUUCCUUUUGAAUCGUUGUUUGACAAACGCCAAUCCACCGCUUCCCUCUCUAUCCACUCCACUGUUCUAAUAUGUUGGGUUUUCAGCCUCAUUGUGGUGGUGGAUUGGCAAAAACUCACCAGUUCCUUAGACGAAGAAGAGAGGUUUGGGAAUAUUGCUGGUGUAUUUAAAGUCAUUUUGAUUGCAAUUAGUGCCCUUGAAGCAGGGGAAGUUGACACCGCUUAA